GGUGUCCCUGACGCAGCGACGCGUGGGCCUGGGGUUGGCGGCCUUGUCUUGUCCUCGCGAACUCCCAUCCCCCCAUCCUUCCAGCCGCCGCAGCCUCCCGGGACGAUGGUGGCCCGCCUGCUGCUGCUGCGCGCCUGGCCCCGGGGCCCUGCAGUUGGCCCGGGACCCCUGUGUCGGCCCCUUAGCUCAGGCUCGGGGUCCCGCGAGUACCUGCAGCUCAGCAUCGUGCCCACUAUGCACUUCCAGGACAGCCUGCCCAGGCUGCCUAUUCCCAAGCUUGAAGACACCGUUAAGAGAUACCUCCGUGCGCAGAAACCUCUCUUAGAUGAUGGCCAGUUCAGGAAAACAGAACAGUUUUGCAAGAGUUUUGAAAAUGGGAUUGGAAAAGAGCUGCAUGAGCAGCUGGUUGCUCAGGACAAGCAGAAUAAACGUACGAGCUACAUUUCAGGCCCCUGGUUUGAUAUGUACCUAAGUGCUCGAGACUCCAUCGUCUUGAACUUUAAUCCAUUCAUGGCAUUCAAUCCUGACCCAAAGUCUGAGUAUAACGACCAGCUCACCAGGGCAACCAACAUGACUGUUUCUGCCAUCCGGUUUCUGAAGACACUCCGGGCUGGUCUUUUGGAGCCAGAGGUUUUCCAUUUGAACCCUGCCAAAAGUGACACUGAAACCUUCAAGAAACUCAUACGCUUUGUGCCUUCCUUCCUGUCCUGGUAUGGUGCCUACUUGGUUAAUGCAUAUCCCCUGGAUAUGUCCCAGUAUUUUCGGCUUUUCAAUUCAACUCGUUUACCCAGACCCAUUCGGGAUGAGCUUGUUACUGAUGAGAAGGCUAGGCACCUCCUCGUCCUAAGAAAAGGACAGUUCUAUGUUUUUGAUGUCCUGGAUCAAGAUGGAAACAUUGUGAGCGCCUCAGAAAUCCAGGCUCAUCUGAAGUACAUUCUCUCAGACGACAGCCCGGCCCCCACGUUUCCUGUGGCAUAUCUGACCACUGAGAACCGAGACGUCUGGGCAGAGCUCAGGCAGAAGCUGGUGAGUGGUGGCAAUGAGGAGACCCUGAGGAAAGUGGACUCUGCCGUGUUCUGUCUCUGCCUAGAUGACUUCCCCAUGAAGGACCUUGUCCACUUGUCUCACAACAUGCUGCAUGGUGACGGCACCAACCGCUGGUUUGAUAAGUCCUUUAACCUCAUUAUAGCCAAGGAUGGCACUGCCGCCGUCCACUUUGAGCAUGCUUGGGGCGACGGGGUGGCAGUGCUCAGGCUUUUAAACGAAAUGUUUAAAGAUAGCGUUCAGGCCCCUGCUGUCAGCCCCCAGAGCCAGCCGGCCCGCACGGAUUCCCCUGCUGCCGUGCAGAAACUGAACUUCAAGCUGAAUGAUGCUUUGAAGACUGGCAUCAGCUCCGCCAAGGAAAAGUUCGAUGCCAUCGUGAAAACCCUCACCAUCAGCUUCAUCCAGUUUCGCAGAGGGGGCAAAGAGUUCUUGAAGAAGCAGAAGCUGAGUCCUGACUCGGUAGCUCAGCUGGCCUUCCAGAUGGCCUUCCUGCGGCAGUACGGGCAGACCGUGGCCACCUACGAGUCCUGUAGCACCGCAGCAUUCAAGCACGGCCGCACUGAGACCAUUCGCCCGGCCUCCGUCUUCACGAAGAGGUGUUCCGAGGCCUUUGUCAGGGAGCCCUCCCAACAUAGUGCUGGAGAGCUUCAGCAGAUGAUGGCCGAGUGCUCCAAGUAUCAUGGCCAACUGACCAAAGAAGCAGCAAUGGGCCAGGGCUUUGACCGACACUUAUUUGCUCUGCGGUACCUGGCAGCAGCCAAGGGGAUUGUUCUGCCUGAGCUAUACCUGGACCCUGCAUAUGGGCAGAUAAACCACAACAUCCUGUCCACAAGCACACUGACCAGCCCAGCAGUGAACAUCGGUGGCUUUGCCCCUGUGGUCCCUGAUGGCUUUGGCAUUGCGUAUGCUGUUCAUGACAACUGGAUAGGCUGCAACGUCUCCUCCUACCCAGGCCGCAAUGCCCGGGAGUUUCUCCAAUGUGUAGAGAAGGCCUUAGAAGACAUAUUUGAUGCCAUAGAAGGCAAAUGCCUCAAAACUUAGCUUCUGGGUGGGUGAAAAGCCUCCAUCGCUUCAUUGACAUGAAAAUUGGGGCCUGUGUAGCCAAAAGGUGCUACUCUGUAUACAAAGGAAACUAAUCAUGAGGUGCCUAAGCAGUCAGUGCUGCAAGGCUUGACCUUUAAAGUCAUGGUUUUAAAGCUAAAUAUAUAAUUGCCAAGUGGGACUAGAUCACAACUAAAGAGAAUGGGAGAUUUCAAUUUUAAGGGCAUUUGAUCAGGAGGUGGGAUUUGGAAGGAUAACUUAGGUGUAUUUAUUGUUGAAGCAGAAAUAAAAUUUAAUUGUUGCUUGGAGGUGGUUCCUUUUAGUUGUUGUUCAACCUAAUUUCCUAAUCCCCACAAAGAACUUUCCAACAUUAAGUUCUGUAAGUGCAGGUAACAGUAAGUUCCCACUGGCUCCUGGCUCUUCAGGUGAGGUGGGAAGUGCUGUUUCAUCCUCCCUUUUAACUUCUCUCUCUCCUGGGACAUCCUCUCUAAAAAUCCUCUUCAUUUUUCUGGAAAGUGGGCUGCUGGUGCCUGAUUCUGAUAGUCCUGCGGCAGC